AUACUGAAAUGCUGUUCAUGUGUUGUUGGACUUUCCGGAAUCCAGAGCAACUGCAUCAACAAAGAGCCCUGGGUAGAGUCCCGUGCCUCUCAGAAGCUGCUGCCGCCGUCUGGGGAUGCAGAGAGAAGGGGGCUGCUACUGACCCUCUGCAACAUACCUGCCGGGGUUGGUGUGAGUAAAAGAAGUGAGCAUAAGAAACAUCUACAUUUUCUACUGUAGUGAACUGUCACACACAACCAACCAUGCCUGGAGAAGGAAAAACUGACAUGGAGAGGAUUGGCCUCUUCAGUGAAAUGGAGUAUGUUACCAUUGGAGAUAAAUAUGUCUCACACUAUAUGCGCCCUUUCAAUGAAGCUGCAAGCAAGAACAAACAAAUGUUACCUGGGGGUACCAAAAUGCUGUCAGCUCUUCAGGCAGGUUACUUUGAGCCUCAGUUUGUGAGGGUUUUCGAAGGUGAAGCCUACUCAAACCCUGUGCAACUAAGGAGGCGAUAUAGAUUGGCAGAGUCAAAGAAAAAUAUGGGCAAAGCUUUCCUUCCAAGCAAUGGAGUCAAACUGCCAUGCGGAAUGGGUACUUAUUAUGGAACUAUAGGUGGUCCAUAUCCAUUCUUCAGUGCACAACUAAGAGGGAAAACAGCAUAUGCUCCUCCUGGAAAGAACCUUUACACAAAUCCUGGAAAGAAAGGAACUGGAUAUGGAUAUCCAAAUCUUACCAUAGGUAAACAGUAUCCACACUCAAGUGAUGUGUAUGAAAUCGGAAAAAUGAAUGCAAAGAAGGUGCAUGAAGACCAUCUGCGUUUGGUUAAAGGAGGGCCUUUCAAGUUAAAUCUCUAUCCUCGGGAGUAUUUUGACAUAAAUCCAUAUUAUGAUGAUAAACCUUUGGCACCAGCUAAGAAACCAACCCCAGAAAAGCCAGUUGCACACCCCUUUAAACCAAGUUCUCCUGCUAAAAAGUCAGGGGGCAUGAAAGCAGGAACAUUUGAUCCUUAUCCUUCCCAUUCUGCUGAGCCCUAUGUGGUUAAAUAUUCUAAGCCCAUCACAACUAAUAAAGAAGGACGGAUUUUUCAUCCUCCUACUGGAUCAAAAAGCAGGCCCUCUACAAGUAUAAUGGCUUUAAAUGUUACAAGAUCACUAAAUGUAAUGAACUACAAGACUACACACUUGAUAUCAUAUUAGCUUUGAACAGUGGGAUAAAGAAUACACUUCUUGGAUUUUGUAAACUGUAACAAUUCAAUGAUUAAAGGACAUUUGAAGUAAAUAAAAGUUUUGUGGAAGAUAGAAUUCAGUCAAAUAAGGCAAACCCAGAUUUUAAUUGUAUCCUAUUUGAGACUAUAUUUUAUAAAUAUGUAAACAAAAUAAAUACAUAAAUUAUGUACAAAUCAUAUAUGUUUAAAGUGUGAAAUUAAACUAUAUUAAUACAAAUGUUAUAGUUUACUCGUAUUGUUGGAGAGGUUUAUACAUCAAAUAUACACACCAAAAAGUAUUUUAGAUUUUAAAUUUUUAUAUAAAUGUUAUGAUGGUGGCAUCAAUAAGCAGCAAUUACCUCUUCUGAGAACAUCAAUAUUUAUUAAUCAGAGAUAAAAUAUUGUCUAAAGUAAAUGUAUGGUUUCCCUUUAGAAACAAUAAAGAUUGAUGUUCAUCUUAACCAAGUCAAAACACAUUACUGUAUUUGGAUUGUCUUCUUCAAAAGAAUACGCCUUCUGUUAAGAUGGCCUUCUCAAAAUAGACACCAUCUCCCAUUGUUUACAAAAGGGACGGAGACCACAACCUUUCAUAGCAAACAUGGUCACCAUCUCCAUUCAUCUGCACUUCACAGUGCUCCUCUCUCUGCCUCUUGACAGCAUAAGGUGCUGUCAUCUUUCUUAAGAGCAGUUUGGCUUCACUUCCAUUAAGGGGGAAAAAAUGAAAAAAAUCUAUUGUGUCCUAAAAAAUCAGUUUCUUAUAACCUGAGACCACAAACACAAACUUUAACCCCCCUUAACAUAAUUCACCUGGAAUUGGUAUGAGGUCCAAUGCAGUGUAGCCAUGUCAGUCCCAGACUAUAAGAGAGACAAACCAGGUGAGGUAAUAUUUUUUAUGAGACCAACUUCUGCU